AUGGCCAAAGACGAACUCAUCGAUUCAAAGGUCUCCUUGAAGCAAUGCCGUCUGGCGGUGGAAGCCCUUCACUCUCACGAGUCGAAAAGGCUAGAAAAGCUUCAGGAAACAGAACUUCUCCCUGGGAAGGAACAAAAUAUCUGGUUGAAUGUCACGGUCAAGAAAAUUCCCUCUGGGCACAAAUUCAAGCCCAUAAAGAUCCCGAUCAUUCAUCCUUUGGUCGAUCCUCGCACAACCCCCGUAUGUUUAAUCACGAAAGAUCCACAACGACAAUAUAAAGACCUUUUGGAAUCGCACGAAAUCAAGUUUAUCUCCCGUGUGGUGGGCGUGGAGAAAUUGAAGGGGAAGUUCAAGCCUUUUGAGGCAAGGAGAGCCCUUCUCAAAGAGAACGGGCUAUUCUUGGCGGACGAACGAGUGAUCCCUUUACUUCCAAAAUUGCUGGGCACGAAAUGGUUCGAGGCAAAGAAACAACCUAUACCCGUUUGUCUGACUCGCAAAGAUCUCAAAGGCGAGUUGGAGCGUGCUAUUUCCUCAACUUACAUGAACCAAAACCAGGGGACGUGCACGUCAAUUAAAGUCAGCUCUCUCUCCCAUAAACCCGCACAAGUUCUCGCCAAUAUCCAAUCCGCAAUUCCUGCUGUCGUCAAACACAUUAAGGGCGGUUGGGAUAACGUCCAAAGUUUCAAUAUCAAAACCAACUCAAGUGUCAGUCUCCCAAUAUGGUCAUGUCGUCUCGAUGGGGAAGAGGGAGGCCGUUGGGACGGCUUCGCAGCCGAGGACGAGCAAUCCGACGACGAGGACAAGGAGAAAGACAGUGGCGAAGAGGAAGAGAUGGAAGUGGACGACGACUCGACGAAGACGAAGAAGGGAGCAAAGAAGUCGGGACUGAAGAGGGCGACCAGUUCUGACGAGGAAGAGGAAGAGGAGAAGCCGAGAAAGAAGUCAAAAGGUGUCAAGGGCACU